CAAGGCCUGUACCACACUUGGUUUUACACAGCCGUCGUAUCCGCUACAGGCUUCUAUCGCUUGCGGUGACACACUGACACAUCUUUGACAGGUCUCGAGCUCUCGACACUGUCAUGUAGGGGGCCGGCGUCCAGUUGUUAGCCACUGUUUGUAAACAUCAGAAUUAGCCGAUCGUGAGAGGACGACAUUGGAGCUAACUGGUGGUAAGGCCAGCUAAAGGAACAUGACCUGCUGUGGUGGUAGUGAUGAUGAAGUCAACACUAGGACUACAGUACCAACAAGAAAAGAAGGCUGUACAGAUGUAUUAUGGCUCGCUGUGUACGUUGCCUUUUGGUUUAUUCUGGUGUUCAUAGCUGCGUUUGCUAUUGUCUAUGGCAACCCUCUGAGAUUAGUAAAUGGAUAUGACAGCUUUGGAAACACCUGUGGGUCUCGGAACAAUGAGAAAAUUGGAAAUCUCUCACUUUCAGGUCUGAACACAACUAACAAAAGGUUUUUGUUUUAUUUGAACAUGAAGGAUAUCAAGCAUUCAUUGAAAGUAUGUGUUGAAAAAUGCCCUGAUCGCAAUUUGGAAACUCAGAAUGAUAUUAAGGAUUUCUACAUCAAGACUGGCUCUCUGUUGUGCAGGUAUGAUUUUGAAUUUAAUGGCUGGACUGGUCCAAAUGAUCCUGCUUUAGGGCAAAUAGAUCUUGAGAAGCAUAUUAACUCCCAUUUAGGACCAUGCCCACCUCUACCUGUGUACGCCAGUGAUCCUGUUUUAAACAGAUGUAUACCUCGCCCAGUAAAAGACAUACUUGUGCAAAUCAUCAGCAGUCUUUAUGAUGUGUUAAACAGCUGGGAUGCAGUAGAAAAGGUGUUGGGUGAUUUGUACAUGACAUGGCGAGAGAUACUUGCACUUUCAUUUCUUGCUUUUGUUCUGUCACUGAUAAUGGUGUCAUUCCUCCAUCUGCUUGCAUCAAUCGUUGCCUGGAUAUUCAUGAUCUUUGUUAGUAUUGCUUCAGUUGGUGGCACUUGCUUUUUGUGGUACACAUAUGCUCGAAUCCGUAAAGAACUUAAUGCAACUCCGGCAAAUCAAAUUCUUGAGGAAUCUGUUCAGAAUGAGAGUGCAUUCCUUGCAUAUUCAAUCAUUGCCACAAUUAUAACAGUUAUUUUGCUGCUUUUAGUGUGUGCUCUGACAAAGAGAAUACAGUUUUUGGCCGAUUUAUUUGAAGAGUCGGCACAUUGUUUGCAGAGUAUUCCAGGAUUGUUUCUACAGCCAUUUAUAACAUUCAUUGCACUGUUAGCAUUCUUUGCCUUUUGGGUUACAGUUAUUGUUUGCUUGGCAACAUCAAGCUAUCCUGGUGUAAAGCCAUUUCUGCCAUUUGCUAGUUUUACUGAUGAGAGUGUGAUGAAGAACAAUGAUGCAGAGACAACAACAUUAAAACCACGGAAUAAUAUCUCUUUGGCUGGCUUUAAACAAUUUACUUGGGUGGAGUUUGUUGAUCCAAUGUGGGUACGAUAUUUCUGGUGGAUUUACCUUAUUGCUCUUGUCUGGGUUCCUGAAUUCAUUUUGGCUUGCCAGCAAAUGGUCAUUGCUGGUGCAGUAUCACAGUGGUAUUUUAACAGACGCUCAUCAAGAGAUAUUACCCCUGUGAGAACAGCUAUGGAGCGACUUCUGUGCCAACAUUUGGGGUCAGUUGCUAAAGGUUCAUUGCUUAUAACAAUCUUCAAGCUUCCACGUCUCAUACUGAUGUAUCUACAUGCUAAGUUGCAUGCUAACAAGGAAACAUCUAGUGUCGCCCGUUGCUGCCUGAAGUGCUGUAUAUGCUGCUUGUACUGCUUUGAAAAUUGCAUAAGGUUCCUAAACCAGAAUGCCUAUACUGUGGUGGCGAUGGAAGGAGUUAAUUUCUGUGAUGGUGCUCGCAUAGCAUUUACAACACUUGGGAGUAAUGCUCUGAGACUAGUUACUAUAAACAGUGUUGGUGAUUUUAUCCUGUUCUUGGGGAAAUGCUUUGUUACUGCUGUAACAGGAUCUGUUGGUUUGGUUUUCCUGCAGAACAAUGGAAACCUACAUUUCUAUGCUAUACCAACACUGGUUGUAUGCAUAUUUGCCUUCUUUAUAUCACAUUGUGUCCUGUCAUUAUAUGAGGUUGUGAUAGACACUAUGUUCCUUUGUGUUUGUGAGGAUGAGAGGAUAAAUCCUGAAGGUGGCCACUGGCAAACAUCAAGUAUUGCCAGAAGAGAAACUCGUGGAACUGAAUUGCAGCCAAUGGCAACACAAUAAAACCAUUAAUUGAUGCAUGUUUGUUCUAUAUGAGGAAGGAGAGGAUCUGAACAACUUAAUUUUCAGUUACUGUCCUCAAGAACUUUUUGCUGUAGCAAUAAUUCUAUUAUAUAUUAUUCUGCAUUCACCUUUUUGCAGGCAGCAAAUGACUUUUUUAUGGUUUAUCGUAAGAGGUGGAGAAAACUAUUACCUUUUAGGUUGUU